AUGGCGGCACAGUCGUUUGAACGAUCCUUGGCGAAGCCCCGUGCAAGACACGUCCAAAGAAUUCCGGUUCUGCUGGUUAUUAUUAUGGUUUUCGUGUUAUUUCAUAAGCUAUUCGGAACCAGAUCGUACCGCCCUGUUGGGGGUGAAUUUCCCCGGAAGAUCUGGCAAACGUGGAAGACGGACGCAGCUGGUCUCGACCCCAAGGAUGCCGCCAGAGUCCGUACGUGGACCAGGAAAAACCCGAUGCAUAGAUACGAGCUUCUCACCGAUGAGAACAGUCUAAGCUACGUAAAGCAUCACUUCGGCCCUACCGGCCUCGAUCGACCUGACAUUGUUCAUGUCUACCAAACGUUGAACGCCAAAAUUAUUAAGGCUGACCUCCUCCGAUAUCUUGUUAUGUAUGUCGAGGGCGGCCUCUAUGCCGACAUUGAUGUAGAAUGCCUCAAACCUAUUGAACUCUUCGUUCCGAACCGCUACAACGAGAAGGAGCUCGACCUAGUUGUUGGAGUUGAGACCGACAUGCCAGAGUUCAAGGACCAUCCUAUCUUAGGCCAAAAGGCUCAGUCGCUUGUCCAGUGGACGUUUAUGGGCAAACCAAGGCUGUCAGUCAUGAUGAGACUAAUUGAAAAUAUCAUUGAAUGGCUAGACCGAGUCUCGAAACAGCAGGGCAAGCCGAUUUCGGAUAUCAAGUUAGACUUCGAUGAUGUGCUCGUCGGUACAGGUCCGUCCGCCUUUACGACGGCGAUAUUGACAGAGAUGUCCGUCCAAACAGGACGAGAGGUUACCUGGAACGAGUUCCAUGGCAUACUGGACUCCAAGGUCGUUGCUGGUAUCCUAGUGCUAACCGCGGAAGCUUUCGCUGCUGGCACUGGUCACUCAGAUUCCGGGACUCAUGCUGGUAAGGGCGCCCUGGUUCGACAUCACUUCCACGCCUCGUCAUGGCCCACGAACCACCCAAGAUUCAAGCAUCCAAUUUAUGACGAAGUGGAGAGGUGUAAUUGGAAUGCGGAGUGCAUCAAGUUGUGGGAUUCCAACACCGCCUUCUUCGACUCCCUACCAGAGGAAGACCAACUCAAGCUGGUUGCUGCCAAGAAGAUCGAGGAUAAGAAGCGCCCGCUCAGGGUCGAUGACCAAGGUCUGAUCGGCGUUAUGAGUCCUGUGGGUGCUGCCGACCGUGCUGCAGCCGUAGAGCUGCCUCCCGACGAACGCCGGCUUUCUGGAGCAGAACAAGUUGGUGGCAGAGCUCCGCUUGGAGCCCGUAAGCCUACCCAAGAAGAACCAUUUCUUGCUGCGCUAGAUGCGUGA